CAAAUUGACGUCAAAAGAUUAGCUAACACUAAAACCCAACCCUUUUUCCAACUUUAACCUAAUUAUCCCAACCUGCUACGUAAAUUAUCAUAACCUGCUACGAAAAGUCAAAUAUGACAGAAGCUGUAUCCCAUCUAGUCAAAACCGGGAGAGAGAUGGAAAGGCGGGGGCUGGUCCAUCAUGCUGUUCUCAACUAGUUGUGAGAAGCUGAAACGUGGCCAGAUUGAACAGGAAACCGACAGAAACGCGCUUUAGAACAACAUUGUCGAAGUUUACAGGGAUAUAGUAACUAUACUAGCAGUCCUUAUUACUUUACACUCUUAUCUGUUUUAACGUUUCUGUAGUUACACGUUUGUUACAGCGGGAUACUACAAUUGUAGAUAGAACUUGUCUUAUUAAACGGGAAACGACAUCUCUCAGUGGUCAUAUCCAAGCCGAAAUAGAUAAAAACCUGACCAAUUGUAGCAAAUUCUAAACGCAACAUCGGUCCAGACGGUUGGUUACAUUGUAACAUUUUGAUAAUGACAGACAUGGUCAGCGGUUCGGAUAAAAGCCUGUCCUUCGAGAAGACGUGGGGCAGCUCCACCAGCAGCGGAUACUGCAGUGGGGACUCAGAUUCAGAGUUCGAGCAGUACUUCACAGCUCGCACAUCAUUCAUUCCCAAACCCAAGAAAGAGAAGGAUGAACAGGUUGAAUGGGGGAAGCAGCAGGAUCUGUCAGUCACAGAGAUCCAGCAGAAGGUGAAGGAGUACAAUGCUCAAAUCAACAGCAACUUGUUCAUGAACCUGAACAAAGAUGGCUCCUACACUGGCUUCAUAAAGGUCCAGUUCAAGCUGAUACGACCCGUGUCAGUUCCCCCACCAAGAAAGGGUAAUGCAACACAGGAUGGUGCAGGCAAGAAGACUGUGGGAGUGAAGCGUCGCACCUCUUUUUACUUGCCCAAGGAUACGUCCAAACACCUACACAUCAGCUCCCGCACACGCGCUCGUGAGGUCAUCGAAGCCUUGCUGAAGAAGUUCACUGUGGUGGACAACCCUGCAAAGUUUGCUUUGUUUGAGCGCACAAAGCGCCAUGACCAAGUGUUCCUGCGUAAGCUGUCUGAUGACGAGCGCCCACUCCACCUGCGUCUGUGUGCUGGACCCAAUGAGAAAGCCCUCAGUUUGGUGUUGAAAGAGAAUGAGACUGGAGAGGUCAACUGGGAUGCCUUCUCUAUGCCAGAGCUUAAGAACUUUGUCCGCAUGCUACAGCGUGAGGAGGAGGAGCAUGUCAAGCAGAUAGUGCAGCGCUACGCACUAGCCCGCACCAGGAUGCAGGAGGCCCAAGCUGCUAGUUCCACCCCUGGUGGUUCCACCCCUGGCUGAGAAACAGCUUCCCUACGGGACUACCUGCACCUCUGACUGACAACCAUCAGAAGAUGACCAGUCACUGCAUCCAAAGAUCCCAGAGAACACAACUCGACACCUCCCUCAAAGGAGGAGAAUGAAAGAGCGAAUGAGAGCGAGCGGGCGCAUGAGAGCGAGCGGGCAAGAGAGUGUGAGAGAAAUCAGAAGUGCUGUACAACUGGAGAGAGACUGUUGUGCCUGAGAGAGAAUGAGAGUUGAGAGAGAGAGCGAGUAUAUGAAAAUGUGGCUGAUGAGAGAGUGGCUUUGUCCAGUAGUUCCUCUCAUUAUGGGGGUGCCAUUUGACUAUCCUGGGUAAGCUACCUGACUCGUAAUGUUCAUCACCUGUUAUUCUUGCUGGCAGCAGGGUCCAUAGAUUCUAUCAUUUAUAGCUUUUGGGUAACGAUCAAAGAUAAUUUUGAGACAACCCGAGUGGGGUCAAACAAAUCAAAAGGCCUGUUUCUCUACUUCACUGCCAAGCAAUACAAGGGUAGCCAACCUAUUAGCUCAGACAAAUGUUAAACAAAUUCAGAUACCGUCUGCUUCAGUAUCUCCAGGCCUUAAUGCUAGUCAGAAUAAUAAGCGAUGGACAUUAUGGGCCAGGUACCCCAGGUUUCCAUUUGACCCCAAUGUCUGCCAUAUACCUCCUGCACAUCCAUACUGUGAUGGAUGUCACUCUUUUUGCUGUCCCUUUGAGGCUGAGUGGGAGUGCCCCAUGUGUUGGGAGCACUGUGAAUGUCAAUUUAGAGGACAAUCCCAGGUCGAUUUAAUUGAUAGGGGAAUCGUCCUGAAACUUUAACACUUUGAACUGGAAGCUGGUGCUUUUUAUGGAAUGUUUGUAUAUUUGUAUUGUCUCUUUUUUUUAUGUUCUUUGUGACAUUCUAAAACAACAAAAUAAUAGAACUGAUCAUUUGUUUCAUAUUAUCAGAAUAUGUCUAUAUCUCUUGAAAUAAUAACUUGACUGGCCUUGACUAUCCUCUUUUCAAUUUACAACAUUUUUCUGUUACAUAUGUCCAGUGUCAAAAUAUUUGUUUAAAUAAUAAUAGAUUUGCACUGUUCACAUUAAACAAGUUCAUU